CGGCGCCCUAAAAAAGUGCGAAAUAUAAACAUGCACAAGUGUAAAAAUUUUAUUGUAUUGAGAAUUGUUAUAAUCAACAUUUUAUCGAUUUCUUUAUAGAUACAGAGUAUUUUGACAUUAUUUAUUGCUUUAAUUCUGUCAGAUUUGAAGGAAUUUAAUUAGAAAAAUUAUUUUGAAGUGAUUGUUAAAUAAUAAAAUUACUUAGUAUCGAUUAAAUUUUUCAUAAGAGCGUUACUUCAGGAUUUAAAUUUGACGAUAUUAUGGCCACAUACAACGCCGCAAUCUAGCGGGUGGAAAGAUAACCUGUCAUUUGUGACUUUGGGCAGGCAGAGAAGAACCGUGUGAUUUUUACGAGGUGUGACUUCGGCGUGAUUUUGUGGUUGUCUUUGAAAACAGCAAAAGUGGAUAAACAGACAUCUCAAUGAUUAUUAAUUUGUAAUAAUUGUUGAGCAUUAUUUGAAUGGAUCCUUCGUUAUCUUGGUUCCAACCAGAACAAGAAGGUCCAGCUAAACAUUUGUGGCUUCGUUUGUGGCAAACUCAGUUGGAAUUCGAUAGUAUGAACUUAAAAGAAGGUGAUAGUGACAUCGAAUCUUUUGGCAAUAGUGUAAAUUCCCAGAAUCUGACAAACAUAAGUGUUUUGAAUGGCAAGAAUGAUAAAAAUAAUAGUUUAGUCCCUAGAAGACGUAAGUUCGAGAACCGCGCGAGUACCAAAGGUAUGAUGCGCCAUCCGGAUAAAGUAGUUGGUGAAUAUGGGGGCACCCCGUGGAGAAUUGAGAAUUAUCCGUAUGGAAGAGGAAUAAUUGGCUUACAUGAAGAAAUUGAACAUUUUUACGAACAUAUGUCACCAACACCUGUAGAGCAUAGAGUACGUGGAGAUGUAAUUCGUCGAAUUGAACAAAUUAUUCUUUCUCUUUGGCCAGACGCUCAAGUACAAGUUUUUGGGUCCUACCGUACUGGACUUUAUCUACCAACAAGUGAUAUUGAUCUAGUAGUAAUAGGUAAAUGGUCAAAUUUACCUUUGCGCACAUUAGAAAAAGAAUUUUUAGAUAAAGACAUUGCAGAUGAAAAUAGUAUAAAAGUAUUGGACAAAGCCUCAGUGCCAAUCAUUAAGCUUACAGAUAAAAAAACAGAAGUCAAAGUGGACAUUUCAUUCAAUAUGAGCAAUGGUGUUAAAUCAGCGGAGCUCAUAAAACGCUAUAUGCAUCAAUUCCCAGUGUUAUCCAAAUUAGUUUAUGUUUUAAAACAGUUUCUUCUUGAAAGAGACCUAAAUGAAGUGUUUACAGGUGGAAUAUCUAGUUAUAGUUUAAUUUUAAUGUGUAUAAGUUUUCUUCAAUUACAUCAUCGACCUGAAAGUCAGCUUGUAAAGGCGAAUCUCGGAGUACUUCUUAUUGAAUUCUUUGAACUUUAUGGUCGAAAGUUCAAUUAUAUGCAAACGGGAAUUCGAAUACGGGAUGGAGGACGAUACAUCAGCAAAGAGGAGAUGCAAAAAGAUAUGGUUGAUGGACACCGACCGAGCUUGCUGUGCAUAGAAGACCCUUUACAACCAUCAAAUGACAUUGGUCGGAGUAGUUAUGGAGUAUUACAGGUGAAAAGGGCGUUUGAUUACGCUUAUGUGAUUCUGUCGAACAGUGUAAGUGCGUUAAACAUGUUCAGAGACUGUUCGAAAUAUUCCAUUUUGGGCCGAAUAGUACGGGUAACUGAUGAAGUGGUCCGAUAUCGGAAAAUGGUCGAACAAAAGUUCUCUCACAUGCUCAACUCGCCGAUUACUAGUCCAGCCCUGUCCUUUACUAAGGUAACCGGCAUAAGCACAAGGGCUCCUCGAUCGCUGUCCAGUAGCGGAUCAACCUCUAGCGUCGACAGUGGAGGCAGUUCAGAGGGAUCAGAAUCACCAUCUAGAGACACAUCACCGAACAGUAACAUUCAUCAUAAGCCAGCACCCAAGGUGACGUCGAAACAUACGCAAUGGCCCCGUUACAAUAAAAACAACCGAAGCAAUCACGGCGGUAACGUGAAUCAAUCAAGUAACAAUAAUAACAACAGCAGCUCAUCGACAAAUCACCCCCGACGGAAACGUCAGGCAGCACGGUACACGAACCACCGUAUAGAUAUCGAAUAGGCCAUGGUAGGUUCUAGGAUAUUCAAAGCGGCUGUAAGGGCAGUUGCGAUGAUGGGUGGCGCUUUACCCACCAACGCUAACAACCCCU